AUGAUGGUCCCUGCCCGGCUGAUGUGGCUCGCCCAUGUCUUGCCUGCUGCUGCGUUGACCGUUACCGCGCCGCAGACGACUCCCGCCGCCGUGGCAUCUACGUCUUCGACCAGCUGUGGAUCUGGAAAUCUAAUUGAGAAUGGCUCGUUCGACGACACUGAUAUUGAUUCCGGGGCGACUUGGCAGAUUCCUUCGGGGGAAGUACACCUGACAUCCGCCGAGGUUGGCUCGGAAACUCUCAUGCACCAAUCUAUCACCGGCACAAUCGCCGGCCAGCUUUACAAGUUCUCCAUGGAUUACCGCCAGAGCGCUGGGUCAACUGCCCUGCCUGCUUCGUGUGAGGUGGAGAUCAUGCUCAAUGGUAAAACCAUUGAUGAUAGUACCCACGGCGUGAACUCUGAGUUUGUUUCGAUUUCUUCGGAGUGGACUGCGGACUCGACUGGGGCUGAUGUCAUCAUCACCAUUCUUUGCCCUAAUGCUGCGGACUCGGCGAUUGUUGUUGACGUUGAUAAUAUCGUCCUCGAGGGAGUUUGCUCCUCGGCUUCGUCUUCCUCUGUUGCUGCUUCCACUCCCGCCCAGACUCCUUCUAGUGUGCCUGUCUCUUCGCCUGUUUCUCCUUCUGUGUCUGCUUCCGCUUCGGCUUCCGCUUUGCCUAGCUCUAAUGGAGCUGGAGCUUCGAGCAGUGUUGCUGUUCCUAGUGGAUCGGCUGCUCCUUCUGGCUCUCCUUCUGGCUCUCCUUCUGGCACCCCUGCUGCUCCUUCUGGAACUCCCUCUGGAUCACCUUCUGCACUUCCCAGCUCUCACGGAUCUGGACAGUCAAGCAGUGUCGUUCCAUCUGGCACCCCUGCUACUCCCUCUGGGACUCCCUCAGGUUCUGCUUCCGGUUCUCCUUCUGCUCAGCCUAGCUCUGUUGGAUCCGGUUCCUCUAGCAGUGUCGCUGUGACCAGCACCCCUGCUACUCCCUCUGGUUCUCCCUCUGGUUCUCCCUCUGGUUCUCCCUCCGGAUCUGCUUCCGGCUCUGCUUCUGCUCACCCUAGCUCCGUUGAAUCUGGCUCCUCUAGCAGUGUCGCCGUUCCCAAUGGAUCUGCUGUUCCUUCAGGAUCUCCCUCCGGCUCUGCUUCUACCUCUGCUUCUGCCUCUGCCUCUGCCUCUGCUAACCCUAGCUCUGUUGGAUCCGGAUCAUCUAGCAGUGUUGCUGUGUCUGAGACUCCUGCUGCCCCCUCUGCAUCCCCCUCCGGCUCUGCUUCUGGAUCUCUUCCUGCCCAGUCUAGCUCCCACGCUUCCUCCUCGAAUGGAAUUUCCCUGAGCAGCACCCCUGUUACCAUUGUCCGAACCCCUGUUGUCACCGGACCCGCAAACACCGCUUCUAGUAGUGAUAUCCAGUCCUCUGGCGCCGCCCACAGUGGCCCUGGCCAGUCCAGCGGUGCAGCCCAAGCUACAUCCACCCCAGUCACCUCUUCCCCUGCAGGAACUCCUACUCAGGCCAUGACCACCUCCACUGUCUAUGAGACCCGCACUGAUACUAUCACCGCUUGCCCUUCGACCGUGACUGACUGCCCUGCCACCGAAAAGACUACUUAUAUCACCACCGAGACUAUCGCUGUCUCAACUACUGUCUGCCCCGUCGAGGAGGGCAGCACCACUACCGCUUCUGCUGCUGGAUCCCAGUCCAGCGGCUCUUCUGGCAACGGCAAUGGCAACGGCAACGGAAACCAGGUCACCAGCUCGAGCGCCACAAUCACCGCUUCUGUCUCCCCAGUCGAGACCCCUGCCCCAGAGAUGACCACCUCCACUGUCUAUGAGACUCGCACCGAUACUAUCACUGCUUGUCCUUCCACUGUGACCGACUGCCCUGCCACCGAAAAGACUACUUAUAUCACCACCGAGACUAUCGCUAUCUCAACCACUGUCUGCCCCGUCGAGGAGGGCAGCACCACUACCACUGCUGCUGUUGGAUCCCAGUCUACCAGCUCUUCUGUCAACGGCAACGGUAAUGGCAAUGGAAAUGGCAAUGGAAACCAGGCCACUGGCUCAAGUGCCACGAUUACUGCUUCUGCCUCCCCAGUCGAAACACCGGCCCCAGAGAUGACCACCUCGACCGUCUUCAGCACUCGCACCGAGACAAUCACCGCCUGCCCCUCCACUGUCACCGACUGCCCCGCCACCGAGAAGACAACCUUCGUCACCACAGAGACAAUUCUCGUCUCCACUACCGUCUGCCCUGUCGCCGAGAGCAGCACCACAACCACUGCUGCCGUGAACGCCCACACCACCGGCGCCGCUGGCAACAACAAUGGCAAUGGAAGCGGCAGCGGUGAAGACCACACCACCUCAACAAUCCUCUCAACAAGAACCGUCACCGUAACUGAAUGCCCAGCCACAGUCACCGACUGCCCAGCCCGCGAGAAGACCACACACGUUAAAACUGAGACUCUCGUUGCCGGAACUACUGUCGUCCCUGUUGGCGUCAAUACUGCUGCCCCGGCCAAGACUACGACCGCUGUCGGUGCCGCUCAGACUUCGUCCAUUCCUAUUGCUACGACGACUAUUGUUGUGGGCACUGAGACUAGAACCUCGACUGCCUUCUCCGUUGUGACUGUUACUGGCACUGCUACCGGUGGUGCUAGCGGUUCUGUUCAGACUGGUGUCUCUGGAUCUGGAUCCGAGUCUACUUCCGAGUCAGGAUCUGGUGAGGGUGCCAGUGCCAAUGCUGGUUCUAAUCAGUCGACUGUUUCCACCGGUUCCAACUCCGGUUCCAGCUCUGGUUCGACUAUCGGUACCAACGAGAGUGAAGUAUCAACAGGCGCUGGCUCUGACUCCGUAUCUGGCCCCUCCAGCUCUGGCUCUGGUUCUAGCUCGACCUCCAACUCUGGAGUCUCCGCCGGAUCCAACCCCAACGGCGCAUCUCGCGUCAACACUCCUUCAAGCCUGAUCCGCAUCAUCUCAUCCACAGCCAAGAGCUCCCCCAUCGCCACGCCAUCUGGCGCCACCGGUGUCGACGCUACUGCUGGUUCCAGCUCCAGCUCUAGUGCUGAUGUCGGUACUACCAUCAUUGGCUCGAUUGGCUCUACCUCGACCAGUACCACUGCUAGCAGCAGCCCAUCGCCUGCAUUCAACGGUGCCUCUUCGCGUACUAUCUCCGGAGCUGUCUGUGCACUUGGUGCUAUUGCUGCCGUUGCUCUUUUCCUUUAA